AUGUCUACAUAUAAGCUCUACUAUUUCAAUACACGUGGACGUGCAGAAACAGCUCGUUUAAUUUUUGCUGUCGCUGAUCAGAAAUUUGACGAUAUCCGUUACGAUCAAAAUGAAUGGCAAUCACACAAAUCAGAGAUGCCACUUGGUCAGCUACCUGUUCUUGAAGUAGACGAUGUCAAAUUACCUCAAUCAUUGGCCAUAACUCGUUUUCUUGCUAAACAAUUUCAUCUCGCUGGUAAAGACAAUCUGGAACAAGCUCAAGCAGAUGCUGUUGUCGAUACAAUUGCGGAUGUAACCGCAAAAUUCAUUCCUAUUAUGUUUGAACAGGAUCAAGAAAAAAAGAAAAUACUUGAAGAAAAAUUUCUGAGUGAAGAAAUGCCGAAAUUACUCAAUCAUCUUGAAAUUUUAUUAAAAACAUUUGGUAAUGGUGGUCCAUACUUCGUUGGUAAUAAUCUUACAUGGGCUGAUCUACAUUUCUAUAAUGCGAGCCAAAGUAUAUUAUUACGCGAUCCUAAUAUUCUUGAUAAGUAUCCAUCAUUAAAACGCAAUCGUGAUCAAGUGGAAGCCAAUACCAAUGUAGCAACUUAUUUGAAGAAUCGACCACAAAUAUAA